AGGAUGUUAGUAACCUGGUGACUGUAGCUCUCCAUCAGUAAGAUACACUGACCAGAAUGUUGCAGGACCUAGUAAAGCAGCAUCUCUCCAGUGUCAUUAUCACUGGAGCUGUUGCUGCUAUAUCUGCUUACGUGCUGUGGGGAGGCGAGACUAAGAGCUGGAAAAAAGGGAGGCUGCGUCCGUCGCUAGAAAACCUGGGAAACACAUGUUUCCUGAACUGUGUAACACAAGCACUCUCCUCCGUGGACAGUUUCUACGACUGGAUACAAGAGAUCCUGCUGGCCCAGCACAGAGAGAGUGAAGUGCAGCAUGUGCAGCAUGUGCAGGAUGUGCAGCAUGUUGAGAGUGUACCGCCGCGCUCUGAGGUGGAGAUAUCGGAGGAGUUAAGGAAGUCAGCUCCCAUGAUCUCAGCUUUGUACGAGGUGCUGACUACACUGCAGUUAUCUACUGAUGGUUCACAGAGUACCUCUCUUGGCAAGGUGCACAGAGCUAUGACAGAGCACGGUUGGGAUACACUAUUCACACAAGAAGACGCCUAUGAAGCUUUCCAAGUCCUGAUCACAUCCAUUGAGCGCGAAGCACAUAUGCUCCUCGAGUCCGACACCAACCGUCAACUAACCGCACCCGUACAAGGGAAAUUCCUCAUCUCCUUGGAAUGCACGGAAUGCCACACAGAGAGCUCCAAGAAGAUUGAACCCUUUGAUAACAUAACCCUGCACCUGUCCCGGAAACAGAACAUUAGCCUGAUGAACCUGUCGUUUAACAGUCUGCGCGACAUGCUCCACACUUACUUCUCCCCCGAAACCCUGUCUGAUGUGGAAUGUGAGGCAUGCUCUGAGAAGCUGGCUAUCACUACUGCCUGCGACUUUAAGAAGCAGGUGAAAAUAGCUAAAGCUCCCAAGUGUUUGUGUAUUCAGAUCAAUAGAACAGAGUACGAGAACGGGUCCAUGACUAAAAACAACCAGCAUGUAUCAUUUCCUAUCGGCUCAAUGGACCUGACAUUGUUCGCAUACCAAGCAUUGCUGUUUGAUAACGAGAAUGAAGUAAUAGAGCAGGAACCAGCUGUAAGUAGACCAGUAGACGGGUACGAGGUAGUGCGCACUUACAACAUCAAGGACAAAUCCCCACCCAUGAUGGAAGGCCUGAACUACACGUUGAAGUCUGUUAUAGUGCACCAUGGGACUGCUAACUCAGGUCACUAUGUCACGUACAGGAGGCUGAGCAACAGCACGUGGCUUUACGCGUCUGAUGAUGUGGUGCGGUUAGUUACGCGCGACGAGCUCGAGCGGCAACAGAUUUACCUGCUCUUCUACGAGCGCGUGUCAAUGCCUGAGAUACUGACUGAAAGUGCAUCACGACGGGAGGUAAUUACUCCGGUAACAAUGCCUAAGGAUGAUAUCCUGCCUCUAAAAGAAGACAAUAUGUCUGAUAUUUCUCAAGAUAACGUCUCAGAAACUAUGUCGUUAGAGCAUGUGCCUCGAGAUAACAUGUCACCCCCGCUUAUUGUGAGUGAGCCAACUAGCCCGGGUGUAAUGGUUACACCCCCCUCAUUCGACCUAGAUAUCAACCAACUUGAUUCUUAGUUGGUACCUUGAAACUGAGUUUAUCUUGUAGGAGUGACAAAUGGGAGUGUCCUUUUCAGUCACUCAUAGUUGAGUUUUCAGCGUUUAUAUAUGAAAUAUUCUAUGAGAUAUUUUACAUUAUGAAAUAAAGUAACUUUAAAAAAGUUUGUUUUGAGCAGCAUGUUUGAAGGGAAAGAAAAGUUAACAGUAAUGUGAUCAAAAUCACACGUUACUUUUCUUCAGAUUGAUCAGGUCUAUUUUGAGACCUUAUCGAUGGAUGAUCAUGAAAUAAGAAUUAUUUUUAUCCAGCUACUUUAUGAUUUGAUAACGUCUUAAUGAGAAUUUUUUUAAUUUUCUGUGCGUAAGAAUUUUUCCACCAUGAAAAAAAUGUAUUUGUGAAUUGUUUUACUAUAUUAUUAUAAUAUGUGUAUCAAAUAUGAAUCUUCUUUCGGGUCAACCGGUUUGUACCAAA